GUUUUCAGCUGCUUGCGCGUAAGUUCUUGGUUAGACGAGGAUCUUCCGAUAUCAAUAUCCUACCCAUCGUCUGCUGAGAUGUCAUCCGGUGUUGGGUUCUCGAAAUCACCAUUCUUGGCUAUGCUGGCAAUGCAUUGAAGCCUAUUGCUACCUCGAAGAUCAUACGAUGUGCUUUAUGUAGCAGCAAGAUCACGGUACUGUACAGUUUAGUCUGAAUAUACUGGACCGUAGUCGCCGAUAUGUUAUGACCUUGCCUCAAAUUAAAGAUAAUCGCGAUCAGUUGUGUCAGUCUUCAGUAAGCAGUUCUAUUCCCACUCUCACAGCACAAUGUCAUCAGAAUUUAAACCAUUUUUAUUGGAUGAGGAACUAUCAGAAGAUAAAAAACUUAGGAAUAUACGAGAUAAUUCGAAUCUCCCUCUGCGUGUCGUCUUCCUACAUCUUUCACUCAUAUCGUUAUAUACCAUCGUUUUCAUACUCGGCAUGCGUCAAUCAGCUUUUUCCAUAUCAACCUCAGUUCAUCCUCUGCCAGGUGUGAAGAUCCGAUAUGUACCAAUUGCUCCCCCCGAUCUGCCAUCAUCGCCUUACGCUGGUCCCCCGAGCGAGUCGGUAGACCAAGCAUGGCACGAUCUUUUGAAAGACAUGAAUAUACGGGUCACAACCGAAGAAUUGGAGAAAAGUGAUCAAAAGUCCAUAUCUCUACCAGAAGGUGGUGGGCAUAUGGUCUGGAUUGGGGCUCAUCAUCAACUUCAUUGCAUUAAAAUGCUUCGACGAUGGAACUACCGGGAUCACUACUAUCCCAACAUAACAGACCCAACAAUUGAACAUUGGGAUAUACAUGCAGAUCACUGUUUCGAUAUUCUACGCAGUGCAGUGAUGUGUCAAGGCGACACAACCCUCACAACAUUCGGAUGGGAGAAACUAUCUAAGCCACAGCCUCACGUCAAAUCGACAGAACAUCGAUGCGUAGAUUGGAACAAAUUGAUGGAAUCUCUCGCUGAUCGUGUUGUUGGCGAGGAAGAGAUGGCUGCGCUUGUGAAUCCUAGAUUGGAAAGUGGUGCAUAAUCGGGAUGGAACUCGGAACCGUUGGAUUGCGGAUGUGUGAUGGACGAUAGUGGAAAUGAAACAUAUAUACUUUUUAACGCUUUUAGUGCUACAUAUGGUUUGUGAUUAAGAGGAUCUAACUGUUUUCAACGUUUUUGAGACAGAUGGUUCUCGUCGAUUGACGAGCCUUGGCUAACUUUUGCAAAUAUGUGAUGGCGUGAUUUAGCA